AUGGGAGGGUAUCAUCGAUUGCGUGGAAGACAGUCAAAGCGUUUGCGCGAUCAGCCAAAACAAGACGUAAGCCUGCAUGAACGAGAUGAGCAGGACAAGCAAAUGCCAGCAAGCGUGAGCACGCAGUUUCCAGAAUUGGAGGCUGACGGAAGUUGGCAAAAAUUGAUCGGUGAAGUCGUUGGCCGUUUGGAACAACAAGAUGAGGCAGUUACCAUAGUGGACGCGGCGUUAAAACCUAGCGGAUUAUACAGGAAAAGCUACCGAGGUUCCGUGAGGAAGUUAGAGUCUUCUUCGGCGAGGGAUAGGAUGACGGAGGAGUGGUGUGCUUAUCACCAAGUUUCUGGUCAUGAUACCGGAAAAUGCAGAGCUUUACAGCAUGCAGUUGCGAAAUUGAUAACAACAGGGAAGACUAUUAAGGCGCAGCGCAGCAAACCGUCUACGAUCGGCGAGGUAGGCAAAAUCGCCGGCGGCUUUAGCGGAGGAGGAAUCACUAGUGCAGCGCGCAAGCGAUACCUCAGAACGAUAAAUGUGGUCGCGGAAGCGCCUUUCGGUUUCCAGCAUCCAGACAUCACGUUUUCACCUGCUGAUUUUUUCGGUUUAAAACCACAUCUGGAUGACCCGAUCGUGAUCUCCCUUCGGGUUAACAACUUCGACGUACAACGAACGCUCCUGGACCAGGGGAGCUCAGCAGAUAUCAUCUAUGGCGGAGAAUUUACGCAGCUCGGAAUAGGAGAAGGAGACCUUAUCCCGUAUAAAGGGACCUUGGUAGGAUUCGCAGGUGAAUGA